AUGGAAAAGAAAACUCUCGUUUUGGAUCUUGAUAAAACAAUAAUUUUUGCUACUAGAAAAAAAAAACUAGCACCAGAAUCUUUCACAAUCACCUCCACUACUUAUUGGAAUUCUACCGAAAUAAAUGAAAUUUAUUACGUUUAUAAAAGACCUUAUCUUGAUUUGUUUUUAGAAAAAACAUGUGAAACAGUUUCACCAAAUAAUUCAAGCUGGGAGACAUUAGGUACAGAUUUAGAAGUUGGUGGAGGAAAAAAGUUUUUGGUUCAACGUUGGAGUGAUGGAACUAAAUGUGAUUUAACUGGUAAUCCUCGUAGAGUUGAGAUUCAGUUUCAUUGUAAUCCACAAAAUUAUAUUUCUGUAGUUACUGAGAUGUACACGUGUAAUUAUCUUGUAGUUAUUCAUACAUCAUAUUUAUGCGCUCAUCCUGCUUUUCAUGAUACAUCUUUCUCAAAGAUCUAUCCAAUUGAAUGUAGACCAGUGGUACCUGAUGCAUAUUAUCAACGCGCUAUAGAAAAAGGAUUAGAAAGUGGGUUGAAAGACAAGUCAAGGUUGGUAGCAAUAGCAAAUAAAUUGCUUGAUCAGGAAUAUUUACGUGAUUUGGCCAGGAGGCCUGAAUUACAAAGUGCAGAAAUAGGUUUUAAUGAUGAUAAUACAAAUCAAGAUGAUGAUCGUGAAAUAAAGUUUUUCCUUUAUGAUGACGAUUAUGGAAAAAAAGCAUCAUCAAAUUUUGAUAAAAAUUUGAAAAACCUAUUGAUAAGUAAUUUUAAAAAGAUGGGAUUUUUUAAUGCAAAUAAUAAUGAAAAGGUGUUAUUUGAAGAACAAAAGAGUCAUCAAGCAAAAUUGAGCAAGAUCUUUGAAACAAUAUUUGACCCUGAUGUUGUGGAUGAUACAAACAUCGAUAAAGACAAUGAAAAAAAGAAAUAA